AACUAUACAAUUUGGGCGGUGCUGUUGAUGGUCGUCGCAAUGCAAUAGUAUUCAAUAUGGAGUACUGAGUAGUGUGAUUCUUAUAUUUCGGCUACUAGAUAAGUAUCCAUUAGCUGUCUAGUCAUUCCAUAAUUUUAGCCUCUCGGCUGGUAAUCUGCUGUUUCGAAACUCGUUAGAGCGCGUAGGCUAUGCAUUUGAUGUUCAUAAAUUGAUACAUUGUUAACGUUACAGGAGAGGCGUUGUUCUGAUAGCUAUUUGGUGUGGUGACAGUUAAACUGUUGUAACAUUUGGAUACGUAUUAAUGUAGCAAUAUUUCAAAUGAUACAUGUUAUCCUUGCAACGCAUUCAACAGCGUGUGGUGGCGAUUCUAAUUUGUAUACAAGCCUGGUAGUGGCUAUAGCGCUAUUGAACGUUUUGUAGAAUACGAGGUUACUAGGUGAAAGGUUAGGGACACCGCUCUCAAAUAGUUCGUCGUCGGGUCGUGUAUGAUCAUAGGAUGCGCAAUGCAGCCAGUGCCUCUGUGUCUCUGGGAUCGCUGGGUCUGCUGCGUCUCUUCGGGGUCCCCUGGUCCUGGAGCUUUGCAGCAGGCUUCGGGGUCUUUCUGGGCACAGGCGGUUGGAAGUACCUCUACAUUGUAGUCCGCACUGCCAAAAGAGACCUCAAUGGCCUUUACGUGUUGUUACGAGUCAAGAUAGCCUUGUGGCACCACCUACGACGCAACAGCAAUAUCCCCUCCAUCUUUGCCCAGACGGUGAAGCAGCACCCAAAUAAACCCGCCCUCAUCUACGACGCCACAGGAGAGACGUGGACCUUCACCCAGCUGGACCUGCUGUCUAACGCUGUGGCCCAAUGGGCUCUGGCCCAGGGCUGGGCCCCGGGGGAUGUGGUGGCCCUCUUCAUGGAAAGCCGGCCCUUGCAGGUGGCCCUCUGGCUGGGCCUGGCUAAGGUGGGGGUGGAGGCAGCCCUCAUCAACUUCAACCUGCGGAGGGACGCGCUCCUGCACUGUGUUGGAAUGUCUGCGUCCAGAGGGAUCGUGUUCGGAGCCGAGCUGGCUGGUGCCAUGUUGGAGGUGAGCUCAUCCCUGAGCCCGUCGAUGGUGCGGUUUUGUACUGGAGAGCUCAGUGUAGACUGUCUGGCCUCCCUGGCUGCCCAGAAUCUGGACCCUAUCCUGGCCUCGGCCCCUACACUGCCCCCUCCUCCCUGCAUCCCACCCAAGAGCUUCAAUGAUCGUCUGUUCUAUAUAUACACCUCAGGCACCACAGGACUCCCUAAAGCUGCCAUAGUGGUGCACAGUCGGUAUUACCGUAUCGCUGCGUUUGGCUACCAUGCUUUCCGCAUGCGCCAGGAUGACAUCAUCUAUGACUGCCUUCCCCUCUACCACUCUGCAGGUAACAUCAUGGGUGUAGGCCAGUGUCUCAUCAAUGGACUCACUGUGGUGGUGAAGAAGAAAUUCUCAGCCAGUCGCUUCUGGGAAGAUUGCAUCAAGCACAACUGCACUGUGGUACAGUACAUAGGGGAGAUCUGUCGCUACCUGCUGUCCCAGCCGGUGCGGCCAUCUGAGAAGGGUCACCAGGUUCGCCUGGCGGUGGGGAAUGGGCUACGCCCUAGCGUCUGGGAGGCCUUCACCGAGCGCUUUGGGGUGGCCCAGGUCGGAGAGUUCUACGGAGCCACCGAAUGCAACUGUAGCAUCGCCAACAUGGACGGCAAGGUGGGAGCUUGUGGGUUCAACAGCCGCAUCCUUCCCAACGUGUAUCCCAUCUGCCUCAUGAAGGUGGAUGAGGAGACCACAGAGCUGGUGCGGGACAGGCACGGCCUGUGUGUGCCCUGCCGCCCUGGGGAGCCAGGGCUGCUGGUGGGAAGGAUCAACCAACAGGACCCGCUACGGAGGUUUGAUGGCUACGCCAACCAGGACGACACCAGGAAGAAGAUUGCCAACAACGUCUUCAAGAAAAACGACUCUGCAUAUCUGUCAGGGGAUGUGUUGGUGAUGGAUGAGCUGGGCUACAUGUACUUCCGGGACCGCAGUGGGGACACGUUCCGCUGGAGAGGAGAGAACGUCUCCACUACCGAGGUGGAGGGAACACUGAGUGGUCUGCUGGGCCAGGCUGAUGUGGCUGUGUAUGGGGUAUAUGUACCAGAUGUGGAAGGUAAGGCAGGGAUGGCUGCCAUCGCAGACCCAACAGGGACAUUUGACUGUGAUGCGUUCCUGCGAGAGGUCCAACAGGCCCUGCCCCCUUACGCCCGCCCCGUGUUCCUACGCAUUUCCCCACAAGUAGACACCACAGGUACCUUUAAAAUCCAGAAGACCCGGUUUCAGAGGGAGGGAUACGACCCGCGCAUAUCAACUGACCAGAUCUACUUUUUGAACUCCAGAGCAGGGCGUUAUGAGGCUGUGAAUGAGGAGCUACACAGUGCUAUAGUGGAGGGUAGGAUGGCUCUAUGAGAUGGACUACUUUAAGCUGGGUGUACACUACACGUUUAUGAGGCUGCUUUGAGCCACAGCUCGUUGUAGCUACGUUAAAUCUAAUCACAUCAUUGUUUUCGCCAGACAGCGUGAUAUGGACAAUCCUCACGACCAAGUGAAGAGUCUUCUAGCGUGUGACCCCCGUCUGUGCCACAUUGUUUAGUGUGCGCAUCAAUACGUUGGCAAGACAAAGAAACCUACAGGAAAGACGGUCGUUUAAUGUGAGAGGCUCAGCGAUGUUAGGAUUUUGAAAGUCAUGUAGUGUACACCCGGCUUUAGGAGAGUGACUGUCAAGGUCUCAGAUACUGGAGACGGAGUGGAAAAGCCUUAUCAUGCCGUUAUAAUGCAUUGUACGACUUGUCUUAAGCAUGUAUGACCCCUUAUAAUGUCUUAUAGUCAACUCAUAAUGAUCCUGUCUAAAUACCAGAAAUGUUUUGUCAGUUGAUAUUUUGAUAUGUUGCGAAAAAUAACAUAGUAUGAGCUUUACUAUAAACCAUUAUAAAGGCUCAUGUGUGCUUAUAACACGUUUAUAAAGCAUUACACCUGCAGGCUUUAAAUAGUGUUAUUGCCGACGUCUCCAUGUAUCAGUGUUUCUCCUUACACCAGCACCCUGGAUCUAGACUAGAUCAGGGGACUGAAGGGCUACUGAUCAAUCAAUAGGAAAACCUUAGAACUGUUACAAAACAAUGUUUUAACACUGUAUCAAUAACAUCCAAGGACAAGGUUGUACGAGGGCAUUUUCCCCCGUUUUAUUUCUUCAUUUGUGUUUCUUAGUUUAGCCAAAUGAAAGCCUUCAACACUACAAUGCACAUAGAGUAGAGUAAGUUUUUACUUGAAACCAGGACGUCUGUUACAAUGACAGCAUUUGUCUUUGUUACAAUGAGACUGUAAAAGAGAUGAGAGCUGUGAUUGAAUAUACUGCAGUCGUUGAGAUAUUCUUGAAGAAUAUUGUGUUACAGGCUAUUUGCUCCCAACCUUGUAAUAGUUGUGUGCCACGAACACCACCAUGUAAUAGAACAAAAUACUUAACAGGUUUUAGCAAUGCUUGAGUGUCCAUGUUGGAUGAGGUGUUACUACCUGUGUGUUAGUAGUAUGAUAGAACAUGACGCAGCUAAACAUGCCUCUUAUUCCAAGCACUAACUAACCGUAGAAGUUUAGAUUGCGAGAUGACAUCAUUUUACUUAAAACUAAAGCUGAUCACUUAACAUGUUUGAAGUAAUGGAUGAUGUGCACUUACUGACCACUCAGGUUCACACACAUUGAUAUUAUGUGCCUUGUGGGAACCCUGUGGAAGCCCUGUGUGUGUCCUGAAACGAUUGGGGUGGUAUGCUUAACCUGACUAAGGAACUCCAAUACAGAAGAAAGAACAUUAUUUAAACAAUAUCUUGAAAAUGUGUCAGUAAGUCAGCGAUCAUGGGUGCCCUAUUAUUAUGUAAUAAAGCAUUUUCUCAGAGUAAUAUUGUAGAUAUAAUUGAUUGUGAACAUUAUUCUAGCUCUCCAUUUCCAUACAUUUGUUUAGGUGUUACUCAAAAAUAAAGGUUUGUAAAAGA